CUAAACACAAUGGCAGCCAGUGGCUCAGCAGUAACGGUUCUAACUCCAAAUGGACGAAGGCAAACCAUUAAAGUGUCUCCAAACACACCGUUAUUGCAGGUGCUUGAAGACGCCUGCAAAAAACAUGGAUUUAAUCCAGACGACCACGGUCUGAAGUUUCAGAGGACUGUUCUCGACUUGACGUUGCCAUGGAGGUUUGCAAACCUUCCCAACAAUGCUAAACUGGAAAUGGUGGCGAGUACAAGGAAACAAGGUGUAGCUGACAGCCAGGUGCGGAUUGCGCUUCAGAUGGAGGAUGGCUCUCGGCUCCAAGACUCCUUCUCAUGUGGACAGAGUUUGUGGGAACUGAUCGCACAUUUUCCCCAGAUCAGUGGGCCAGAGCUGUCUGAAUCAGGAGCCACUCCUGUGUGUGUUUACAUGCGAGACGAGGUUUGUGGUGAAGAAGCACUAAAGAAAACCACUCUGAAGUCUCUCGGUCUUACAGGAGGAAGUGCUAUUGUCAGGUUUCUACUUAAAAAGGACAAAACCUCAGGGGAGGAAAAUGAAGCUGCUGCUAUGCCAAUUAUACCUGUUGCCAAGGAAAUCAUGCCUGGUCCAUCGUUUCCAGAGAUGUCAACAACAACAGUGCCAGUUAAGAGUCUAAGUCCCCAUCAGCCAAUGGAAACCCUGUCUGGAUCAACCGCUGCCACUACAACCGCCAUUCCUGCUCAACAGGAAGAUGUUCCAGACACUCAGGAUGCAGUUCGGCCUAAAGGCCCUCCCACAGGAAGUCAAACGCCAGUCGAGGAUGAACAGGAAGCAGGGCCAUCAAAACUACAGAGUCACCCUUCUUCUUCUGCUUCCACACCUCCAUUCAUUCCCUUUUCUGGUGGUGGUCAGCGGCUCGGAGGUGAAGGGGGAGGAACAGGAGGACGGUCACUUUCUUCAUCAUCAUCCUCAUCUUUGUCAGGUCUGAGUAUCACAGUGGAUUCCCCCAAAGCCAAAAAAGCCAAACCAAGCCUCAGUUCUAGCACUAAGCAUAAAGCCACUGCCAAGUCGCAAGAUCAGGAUUUGGAACAUGAGGAGUAUUUGGAGCCAGUUGAGAGGGAGCCUCUCAUCUACCACCUGGAUUCAAUGCCCCAUCACUCUGAGAACCAUGAGGAUCUGCCUGAUGAGUUCUUUGAAGUGACAGUGGAUGAUGUGCGGAAGCGCUUCGCCCAGUUGAAAAGUGAGAGGAAGUUAUUAGAAGAGGCUCCACUUAUGACUAAAUCUCUGAGAGAAGCCCAGAUGAAGGAGAAGAUGGAGAGAUAUCCCAAAGUUGUCUUGAGGGUCCAGUUUCCAGACAGACAUGUUCUACAGGGCUUCUUCAGGCCCCUUGAAACAGUUGGUGCUGUGAGACACUUUGUGAGGAGUCACUUAGAGGAUUCUCAGCUAAGUUUCUAUCUGUUCAUCACCCCUCCGAGAACUGUUCUGGAUGACUCUUCAGCCACGCUCAUCCAGGCCGACUUGUUUCCUGGUGCACUGGUGUACUUUGGCUCCGACGUCAGGACAGAUUCUUACAUAAAGAGAGAACUGCUUGAAGCCUCCGUCACAGCCUUCCAAGCAAAUGAGUCCCUGGCAAGCUGCAUGCUCAGGUCCUCAGAACCAUCCUCCAGCUCUGUGAGCAUCGAGGAACCACCGCCUUCCUCUGAACCUACAGCGGACACCAGUGGGUCUACACAGGAACAUCAAGACCCACCUGCACAGACCCAGGCUGCUAAACCCACCAGAUCUGACCCGGACAAGGUGCCCAAGUGGCUCAAGCUUCCAGGUAAGAAAUAAGACUUCUGCUGCGUGCUGACGGGAAGACUCAGUGAUGCACUUAGACCUUCACAACGCUACAAAGGCUUAACUUCGCAACCACAGUGGACUUAAUCCAUCAUGGGGGAGACGCUUUAUUUGGCUAAGAUUGUGAUGUUUCAUUCCAGAGAGUGCUGUGAAAGCUGAAGAAAUGAUGAACUGCAAAGUAAAUAAAGAUUGUUGUAUUAAAAAGUCUUGAGUACUGUUUUAGUCUUUUAUAUGAGUUUAAAUUUAGAUACCAUUUAGUAGAAAUGUAUCAAGGCAAAGGAAGGUUUAGAGAUGGUCCAAUUUUUUUGUUCUGUACACUUAAAAGAUUGUGCAUUCAUUAUUCACUAAUUUACACACUGUGGCUUUUUAUAGCAUUAAAGGGUAUUAUAUUUAUAACUCCUGUUAAUGAUGAGAACUGCUCUCCUCCAAACU